UCAGGAAGUUCUCCGAGAAAAAACAAACCAUAUAUCUAACUGAUAGAACACAAGAACCGGGCAAUCAAAUAAGGUUGUAUACCGUGUCUAGGUACUCGUUGUAUCAUGGCUGUUCGUAAUUCGCACUACGUCGUCCCGAUGUGCGGUAGUUAUCUUCAAUUUGCUUAAAUUGCCUUAUUUGAAAUGUGAGAUUACAUGUUCAAGUGACCGCGAGAUAAGGCACGAUUUUAGAGCAGGUGUUUGCUCGUCCGCACCUGGUUGCGACAUUGUACGCAUGAAUGUAUCCUAACAGUCAUGCCAUUUAUUUCGUGUGAUAAAUUAGAUUGACGUGAAGGGAGCGAGUGAUAUCGUCGAUUCAAACGAGAGUAGAUAUGAAUAAUCGCGCUGCGAUUAAUAUGCAUUGAUAGACUCACAUUUUCACCGGUCGCACGGUCACUGUAUCUGCCCUGUAUCUGUAUUCUCGCAACGUUCUCGCUGCACCUUGACAUUGAAACCAGCUGAUAAACAUGGUACCUUCAUGGUGUUACUUCAUUUUACCGGUGCUCCUGGUCGUCGGAUUGCUUCGCAAGUGCCGCGAACGCAGCUGGGGAAGAUGUAGAAGCACCAGCAAUCUACAUGGACUGGUGUUUCUCGUGACGGGCGCCAACUCGGGCAUCGGUAAGGAAACGGUGAAGGAAUUGGCAAAACGAAAUGCUACGAUCAUCAUGGCUUGCAGAGACAUGAAGAGCGCUAAAAACGUCAUUGCCGAGAUACGUAGUAAAAUACCUACCGGCGAAUUAAUUCCGAUGGAAUUAGACCUUGCAUCCUUCGUGUCAAUCAGAGAAUUUGCCAAUAAAGUGCUAAAGGACUUCUCACAGAUUCAUGUAUUAAUUAAUAAUGCUGGUGUAUACGCACCUCUCAAAGAUCGUGCAUUGACGAAAGAUGGCUUUGAGAUCCAUUUCGGAGUAAAUCAUUUGGGCCACUUUCUCCUUACUAAUCUACUCCUGGACUGUCUUAAGCAAAGUGCACCCAGCAGAGUUGUUGUUGUGACAUCCAAGCUUCUAGAAUCUGGAGUAAUAGACUUUUCAAAUCUAAAUGGUGAGAAAGGAUUACCAGUAAAGGGCAGAAUGAAUCCUGGUUAUUGUAACUCAAAAUUAGCAAACGCUUAUUUUGCUGCCGAGCUUGCCAAACGAACAGAAAAUUCCGGUGUUCACGUUUAUAUGGUGUGUCCUGGAUUCACCUAUACCGGUCUGUUCAGAAAUGUGAAGAGGAGUUGGUUUCAUUAUAUUAUUUUCUCUCCUAUUGCUCUUAUGUUCCUACGUACUGCAAAUCAGGGUGCUCAAACAGUACUGCACUGUGCAACAGAAUCUUCACUGUCCAAAGAAAGUGGCCAUUUGUAUCGUGAUUGCAAAUUAUAUGUCUCUAAGAAGGAAUUAGACCCUGAGAUAGCCCUCCGUUUAUGGGAUAUAAGUACGAAAUUGACUGGUAUAAAAGAUACGGUGAAAUAAACGACAUUAGAUGUAGAGACACGUAUUACCGUGUAUCUCUCUCGUCGUAACUUCACUUCUGUCGUGUUCCAAGUGGCCAUUCGAUAUUUAUUUUUAUAUUCAAAGGGAAUAAGAUAAAACAACAAUGUGGCACACUCUUAUUUCCAUUUUUAUGUAUU